ACUUACUGCUCUGGGGUUUAUUUAAGGUAUGAGGCGGUCUGUAAUCAGGGUAUCACAAGGUAAUCAGGAUAUGGGGAACUUCUCAAGAUUGAUGAAGGGGGACUUUGGGUACAGGGUGGUUGUCAGGGUUCUGGGGUUUACUUGAAGUAUGAAGGGGUACCAAGGGUUUUGUGAUGACCCUAAAGAUGAUGACACUUAGCCUUCAGUUGAGCAGAAGACCGGAUGGGAAGAUGUCCCACCUUCAGGUACUCGGGCAGACUGGAGGUCUUUGGUCAGCAGGGGGUGAGUACAGACCUCUUCCUGCUUCAUCUAAGAUGGCUGUUUUCAGAAAUUUGUUCUCUUAGUUUUAAUCUCUACCACACAGUCAUCCCAAACACUCUGAAACACCUCCUACAGCUAGGGGUGGUGAUGGCUCAAUGGAUAAGACGCCUGUCCUUGGUGUUAGAGACCCGGGUUCAAUUCCAUCCACCAUUGUGUCCCUGAACAAGACGCUUAACCCCCAGUUAUUCCAGAGGUGUGCGACCUCUGACAUGUAUAGCAAUUGUAAGUCGCUUUGGAUAAAAGCGUCAGCUAAAUAUGUAAAACCUGAACCACGUGGACCUUAUCCUGUUUCUCUACCCUGGUCCUGGAGUCCAGCUGCAGCAGGUAUUGGAAGGUUAGACAUCCACCUGCUUUUUCAUCUGAAGCUUUUUUAUAUUCAAAUAAAUAAUCUUUCAGUAAUGGUUAACAUGUAACUUCCUCACACCGUCUGCAGUUCUGAUGCUGAGUAACUGCCUGACAGAUGAUCAGAGGGAGAUAAACACUGGUAGGAAUGUGUAAUAAUUAGCUUGGCUGUUGGGUAACAUCCUGAGAGGACAUAUGCAGUGAUGGAGAUAAACACUGUCAUCACCUCCUACUGCUCACACUUUAUUUCAACAUAUCGGACAUUAAGAUGAGAUGGACUCACCAUAUAUGGAAGGACUUUUGUGAAAAUCAUUUACUACAUGUGAAAGAUCCGUUCCAGUGGAUCGAACUCCAAAUAUUCUAUCCUGCUGACAUGUUUUAACGAGAUCCAGCUUUGCUCAGCAGCUGCUUUAGGUACUGAAGCGUUCUGUUGGAUUCUGUAAGUGUGAUAGUUUGGACUCAUUCAUAUGGAUGAUUCUGCACCUGAUGAUUUGUGUAGAGGUGUGGACAAUAAGAGACUGGACCUUCUGUCCCGCCACACUCCUACAAUGAACACUCACUGUUUUAUCAACUGUAGAAUCCAGACUGAUGUUACUACGAGCUGAUAUCAAAGAGAGAAUUUUAAAGAUGACCUUGUUAAUCUAUGAUGAUACUACACAAAUGAGAGCUGUUCAUCUGUGGUCAGACUGGUUUCUCUUCUCUCAGAUGAUUCCAUGACAUGAUCAACAAAUGAAGUGCAGUUUGACUUGAGCUCCUACACCAGACGCGGCUUUAUUAUUCUGUAGUGUCUCCUUCAUUUUCAUCACAUACUACGGGUAAAAAAGUUUCCACAGCUGCAUAAAAGAAACGUCUGGGUAGAAUGUCAACCCAAACUCCUGGCACCCCAACUAAUCCUUUACUUCUGGAAACUCAUCAUGAUGUUAAUGUUUUCUAUAGAAUCUACUUUUUUACACAACAUACAAUCAAACUUCUCUAGAAGUUGAAAUAACGUUCUGUUGGGUGAACAUGAAGCCUGAGACACUGAAAGAGGAACUCUGACUGUUUCCUAACUCUGUAACUAUCUGACUGUCUGGAUCAGCAGAGAUAAACCUGUUGUAAUUUGAAAGUAUUCAGCAGCCAACCCACAGACACCGUGUCCAUAUUUAGUCACUGCUGAGUCUCAGAAAUCUGCAGCUUCAUGGUUUGCAUGAAGAAACGUGAGUAUAAGAAGUGGUGGUUUGUAGAAGCUGCUGCAGACAUCAGACUCACAGACACAGUUUUUACUUCAGGAUGACUUCCUGUGUGGUGUCCCUCUUCUUCUUGGCCUUCCUGUGUUCCUCCAUCAAUGCCGUCGAUCCCACCGGCCUCAAACUGAGAAUCACCAACAGAGCGCUGAAUAUUUUGAGAGACAUUGGCCUGGAGUUUCUACAGACGCUGGUUAACAGACCUUUUGACUUCACACCCCUGGAUGCUCGCUUGAAGUGCACCAUUAGAAGGUUGACGCUGACAAGUCUAAAUCCAGAUCAGGUUGAUCUCAGUUUCCAACAAGGUUCAGGUCUCCAGUUUGAGAUCAAGAACCUGAACUUCGCUGUAGACCUUGAGCGGGAAGUCAGGCUGUGUUUGUGGAGAGAAUUUAAUGUUGAUGCAGGAAGUACGGCGUUCGGAGGAGCAGGCGUGAGCGCCACCAUCGGAGUGAAACUGAGCCGAAACCGGCAAGGACGUCUGAGCAUCGAGAUACCAAACUGUGUCAUCAGAGCUGAUGCCAUCCUCACACAGUCCACCGGCUGGAUCGGGCGUCUGGUGGACGUACUCAGACCAGUUCUCCAGCACUUUUUCAACACCCAGUUCUGUCCUGCUGUUCAGAGGCACGCUGUUCCUCAAGUUAACUCCAUGUUGGAGAGCAUCUCCAUGGCGAUGACACUGUACGAAGGCCUCGGCAUCAACAUCGACUACUCUCUGAGCGGAGACGUCACAGUGGCCUCCACAUUCCUCGAUGUGCCUUUCAAAGGCUUAGUGUUCAGGCAGGGCGAGACUGUUGAUGCUGGUUCAAUAAGAAGAGGUGCAGAUCCAGUUUUCAGAGAAAGUGACCGGAUGGCUUACGUGGGCGUCUCUGAGUUCCUCAUCAACAGCGCCAUCAUGUCGGUUUACAGCACAGGAGUCAUGGCGCAGACUCAAACGGUGACUGGUGGAGCUGCAAGGACUCUGAGAGCUCUGCAGUUGUUUAGGCAACCAUCCCGAAUGAACAAUCCCCUCUCUGCUGAACUGGAAGUCACAGAGGCGCCGAGCAUGAGCAUUAGCAGGAAUGACGGAAUGACGGUCACUGCCAGAGCCAGAGUCCGAGUGUUCGCAGUGCCGGCUAGGAGGGAACAGGAGCAGCUCCUCUCGGUGUCGGCGAGGUGUACGGUUCAGAUGACGGUCGCUAUCCAUGGAAACUUCCUGACUCUCCCUUCAGGCAACGUCGACUGUAGAAUCAUCACCAAAAAUUCGAUCAGAGACGCUCUGGUGAAACCUUUGAAUGGACUGAUGUCGACAAAGCUCAGGGACUUCCUGCGUGACUGCUUUGAUAAAGGAGUACUGAUCCCUCUGCCUGAAGGAAUGGGCUUCACUCAGGGACAGAUCGACUACCAGGAUGGCUUCAUGGUGGUCGGGGGGGACCUGACCUUAACCCCAGAUGUGAGGAAGAAGAUGGUGCGGGAUUUCGGCCGAUGAGAAGGAUCUUCGGACCCUGCUUCAGAACCAGGACUACAAUGAUCCACAUCACAGCAGCUCUGAGGAUCCUGUUUGCUCCACUUCCUGUCUCUCACUGCGUCACUGAGUUCAGACUUUAGUGAUACUAAAAGUACUAGUUAAAGUACUAGUACAUGUCCUGCUUGUUACUCUGAUAAAUAAACGGCUUCAGCAUCA